GGCUAAAGUUAAAUGUUUUUAAUACUUUAAAAACUCAGUAUCGUCUUUCAGUUCCGCUUUCCUUAAUCGGAAGCCUGCAUGACUACUGAUUUUUGACAUUACUAUACUUACUAAAAUUUUAUCUUCUGCUUGGUCGUUAUGUCCUCUAGAAUAUUACGUAAACUAAAGAAGGAUUCCAAUAAUUUGGUUGAUGACAAUCAUGACUGUAGUUAUGAUGAUGAUCCAAUUACCUCAGGUUCUAUUUUCUCCGAAUUUACUAAUUGUCUUUCCUCACAGUUGAUAACUGUCCCUUCCUCUGAUGACGACGUUCACGGUCAAUCUGAAACUUCAAAGUCAAAAAAGCGGAAAAGGAAAAAAACCAAGAAACACAAAAAGACUGAAACAAUCGACCAAAUGGAUAAUAUUAACCUUUCAAAUGACCCAGAAAUUGCUGAUCCAAAUAAACAAGUGGUAGAUUUGUUUAAUGUAAAUAUCAAGAUGUUGGACCAUGUUGGAGAACUUAGUCGUUUGUUUGGAUCAGAAGUUAUCGGUGGGUCUAAAACAUCUUUACCAAGAAAACGAAGUCGCAUCAAACAUGGUAUUCUUGUGUCGAUUAAGUCCACUUGGCCACCUACCAUUCGCAUUGGUUUGAGUAUGGAAUCUCUAGGUUGUGGUUCGUAUACUUUUGUACACAGUAAAGAGUAUCAAAAUAUCCAGAAGUCAUUUAUUCAUGCUUUAGAAUCCAUGAAUCCAAAUAAUUUGAGUGGUAUAUUGUAUGAAAAUCCUUACCACAUAGAAACUUUACUACAGUUGAGCCAAAUAAUGAGCUUAUGA